CAAAACCUUUAAGUUAUAAUGGGUAACAAGCAAUUGAAUAAAAAGAAGACAUCUCGAAAAAGACAACUCGGAAGAUUCCAACAAACAAUGGAACUAACGAAAAGAAGAAAAUUGGAUAAUUUCACAGCCGAACAUGAUACUAUAUCUUUAGACUACAUCGAACUGCAAAAUAUGGAAAUGGAAUCUCCGAUUUCAUCAACCACUGACAUUCAAAGUAACGAUGAGGCGACCGGCUCAAACAUUUUGAACCCACGCAUUGCACAGGUGGAUGACACUUAUCGGGUUCCUAGUAUAUUAGAGGAAGAAGAUACCCAUGAGGUAGGUGAUUCAUGCUAAUUAUGCUUAUUGAUUGUAGAGCA